CGCGAGACGAGCUAAUAAUCUCCAACCACCAAAAAUCGAAUGUGUAUGGGCUGGCAAUGUGUUGUUUUUCUCAUAAAGCAACUACUCGCAGCGUGCAGCUGUUGGUUGUGUUCUGCGUCAACCUUCGAUGUAAAGAAUUUGGUUGGUUGGAUUUUUACUUUUAAAUAUAGGAGGCAAAUAAGAAUGGAUCACAUACAACGUAGGAUUGAUCCAAACAGGGUUCUGUGAAACACUUAAACAUGACGACAAAUAUUUUGCUUAUUUUAAAGCAAAUGUGACAUUUUCAUCUUUAUGCAUAAGUCAUUUAUGUUGAUGUGAAAGUCAAUUUGUAAGUUGAAUAAUGCAUCAGUGACAAUAGUAAGAGCUGUCAUUGAUAAGUGACAAUAGGAGGAGCCGUCACUGACAAGUGACAUUAGUGGGAGCCGUCAUUGACAAGUGACAUAAGGAGCCAUCACUUACAUGUGACAGUAGGAGUCGUCACUGGAGCCGUCACUGACAAGAGACAGGAGAAGGAACAGUCACUGACAAGUGACAGUAGGAGCCGUCACUGACAAGUGACAGUAAGAACCGUCACUGACAAGUGACAGUAGGAGCCGUCACUGACAAGUGACAGUAAGAGCCGUCACUGACAAGUGACAGUAGGAGCCGUCACUGACAAGUGACAGUAGGAGCCGUCACUGACAAGUGACAGUAGGAGCCGUCACUGACAAGUGACAGUAAGAGCCAUCACUGACAAGUGACAGGGCUGUACACGAGAGAGAGAGAGAGAGAGAGAGAGAGAGAGAGAGAGACAAGCCCACCGGAUGUUCCUCUGACGCAUCACCAUGACAACGCGAUGCAAAGUCUCCGAGCCGUGCCUGAGCGACACGGCCCUGGGGUUCAUCGUGCUGGGCACGGUCCUGGUCCUCCUCUCCUUCUUCUGGCCGGCCGACCCCAACUACACGCUGGACAUGUCCGUCUCGGCCCAGCAGAACGAGCAGCAGGCCCUGGCUCACCAGCGGCUCAUGACGACCCUCUACUCCAUCGCCGUGGUCGGCAUGGCUCUGGUGCUCAUCGGCGCGUGCAUCGUGUCCGGCCUGCUCACCCACAUCCUGCUGGCCAAGGAGUGCCAGGGUAAAAAAACCCAGGCGGCGCCCGUCGCUCAGCAGGUGACCUAUGACCUGGACGUGCCGAUGAACAGCAGGUCAGUGAGCUGGGGCGGGGCCGGCAACCAACCGGUCCACGCCUACUACAGCAGCAACAGGGAGCUGGAACAAAACCUGGUCAGGUCGGAUGAGCUGGAGAUGAAUCGGUAUUUUUCUUCGGUGAAACCGUACGGGACGUUGGGAAAUUGAGGUUUGUAUAACAGUGUUUC